AUGAGCGAGAACGAGGGGGAGAAGCAGCCCCUAGGAGAUAUUUCUCUGCUAGGGGAGCUGCAACCCAGGGAGGAGCGACAUCCCGUGGGGGAACGGCCGCAGAAAAAGCCCUUCACGCAGCUGAACCUAGACGAGUCCAUACUAUUUUCGCUGCUGAUUCAAAGGUACCUGUUCUGCGCCAGCAUACAGGAAAAGGCCAUUCCCCUCAUUUCGAAAAAGGAAAAUGUCCUCCUGCACUCCGAAACCGGCAGCGGAAAAACGCUAUGCUUUGUUAUUCCUAUGCUACAGACUUUGGUGAAGUCCAAACUGGGGGCCAUAAGAAGGGACCAUCUUUUCACGUCCACAUGUGAGGACGCAAAGGAAAGGGAAGACGAAGAAGAAGAAGACGACGAUUGUUACAACGAAGAUAGAGUCAACUCUAUCUGCAACAAAUUUGAAAAUGUAAACAUAGAGAAGAGCAUUAUCCCCCAUGUCGACAUAAAUGUAGCAAAGUUUAUUCAGCAUAGCAGGGCCUCUCUGGAGGAAAAAACCCACAAGAAGGAUGUCGCUAUGCGGAAUGGAGGAAGAGUUAACAAAGAUGUUCAGUGCCCACCCCGCGGUAACAACCUGGACUGCGACUCCAUUAAAGACGUUGUAAAAAAAGCCAUUCGAUGCACCACGAGUGAGAACAAGAGCAAACAUAACAUACACGUGAACGGAGUGAUUGUGGCCCCCACCAGAGAGUUAUGCAUACAAAUAUACGACGUAGUAAAUAAAUUUCUGUUUUUCAUAAGAUUAUAUUUUGCUAAAACUUUUAACAUAGAUGUGGACGAAUUGGACAAGGAGGUCUUUUUCGUGAACUCCCUGCUAUUUAGGGGUGCUGUAAAAAUUGAGGAGGAUUUAAAAAUUAUAAAAAAUGAAAAAAAAAAAAAAAACAGAUACCAGAUCGUAGUGGCGACCCCGGGGAAGUUAUCAACUCUCUUUGUCGAUCACAACUCCUACUUUGACACUAACGAGUUAGCAUAUUUGGUACUGGAUGAGGGGGAUAAAUUGUUGGAACAGAGCUUUUUAAACUAUGUCCAGGAUGUUGUUAGGAGCAUCGUCUCGAAGGACUAUGCCACGUGCAUUUGCAGCGCGACGUGUCUGCAGGAGGAAAAAUUUUACAACUUGUUCUCGGACAAGAGAAGAGCCUUCAUCAAGUGCGUGGGGGGGGCAGCCGCGGAAGCGCCCGCUACAACUGUGAUGGGCGCUGCUACCGCUGCGGGAGAUGCGGCCGAUUCCUCUACUGCCAUCGCCAGCGCUGGCAGCACCGCGGGGAGCACGUUCCAAAUACCAGACAAAAUCGAAAACUACUACAUCACGGUGCGAAACCUGGACAAAAGCUUCUUUCUCUUCAAAUUCGUGAGCACAGUGGUGCGUGAGGGCGAGGCAGUGAUCGUAUUCUUGCCGACGUGUUUCUGCGUGGAUUUCUUCUUCCACGUAUUCAAGAAUGUACUUAACACGGAACAGAGGAGCGCGAAGGAAAUUUUUAAUCAACUCGAAACUCUCAACAGCAGACAUAAGAAUGUGUUCAGCCAAUAUGAUCUUGCGCUCUUCUGCAAAAUGAUUUGUUACACUCACAAAUAUAUGGGGAAGAAAAAAUUCAUUCUUUUAAAAAUACACAGAAAAAUGAAAGACAAAAAAAGGAUAAGUGCGUACAAGAAGAUAAAAGAAGACAAGUGUAAGAGUAAGAGUAAGCGGAGGAUCAAAAUUAUUUUCUGCACAGAUAUUAUGAGCAGAGGAAUUAACGUGGACAUUCAUUGGGUCAUCAACUACGAUGUUGCCAAUAAAAAUAUGACGUACAUCCAUAGAAGUGGCAGAACAGGAAGAUUUGAUAAAAGAGGGAAAAGUAUAAUUCUGCUUAAUAAGAAGGAGAAAGAAUAUAUAUACUUUUUAAAAAAUAAAAAAGUGAAUAUCAGCAAUUUUAGGAAAACAUCCAUGUUCAGGGACAUGCUCAGUUGGGAAUCCCGACUGAUGAGAAGUGAAGACACGUUGGACGCACAAGUGCGCGAAGUAGCCAACUUGGAGAAGGAGGACGUGGGGAAAUCCGUCCCUGAGAAAACCCUUUCGUUUUAUGGAAGCGCGCGCGGGGAACGCGUUGAAAGGAGGGAGGCAAAAAAAGGGGGAGGUGCCAAGGGGCAGCCUCCCAAAGGAGAUUCAACCGAGGGACUUUCCCCCAAGAGGGAUGCUCACAUCCUUUUUCUGAACAACAUGGUGAACAUAUUUCUAAAGUACAUAAUUUUUUUCAUCAUCGAGAACAGAGAAACAUAUUUGCUCUCGACGAAGGCGUUUCUUUCCUACAUGGAAUUUUACAGAAACCACCAGCUGAGUUUUCUCUUCCCCUUCCACAAGCUCAAUCUGUCGCACCUGUGCUACUCCUUUGCUCUGGUAAAAAUCCCUAAAUUUAAGCAGAAGAGCCAAAUUAAGAAUUUCAAACGGGUGGGCCUGAACACGUCCGACAUUCCAUACAGAAACGAAGAGAAGGAGAGAAAGCGGCAGGAGGAAUUGACACGCUUGGCACAUUUAAGAAGCGAGGAACACGCGGUCAAUGAGAAGGCAGAAAGCGAGACAAACGCGGCGGGAGGCAAACCCCACAAACGGAAGCAAGAAAAAAAACAAAAAAAAAGAAAAACCAUUGUGCAGAGAAAACACGAACAAAGGGACAUAGAGGAAAACGAAAUUGAGUCCCUAUUUUUUGAAGAAAAUUUAUACAAAAAAUUAAAAAAAAAAAAAAUUUCCAAAGAUGAGUACCACAGAUUGCUCAACAUGGAGAACCUAGACAAAAUAUUUUCCACCUCCCCCAGCGCGGGGAGGAACCAGGCCGUCGCCCCCCGGAAAAAUCAAGCAGCUGCGUCACACAGGAAAACGAGCAAGAAGAAGAGAAAGGUGUACAACUUGAAGGUGAAGAAAAGGCGGAAGGGGGGCGGCAAACGGAGGUAA